AGGAGGAGUUUUCUUUUUGUUCUAGGCGGAUGCAGAACCCCUGACCUCUCUCUGGACAGUGUGGAUUGGCCCUGUGCUGAUCAUAUGCACUCUCUCAAGAAAAAAAAAAACCUCUCUAGCAAUACACACCAAACUGAGCAUGCGCAGAGUGUCUCCACAUGAUAUGUCUUAUCAGGAGAAGGGGAGGAUCAGAGAAGAUAGGAUCAAACAGCUUUUCUACUCAAUGCAGAGAAUUAACCCCUUAGGUUCCACAGUGAGCAUAACAAGCAUGCUUUACUGCAUAUACAGACUGAUUUUACUGUUGUGGGUUUAGAAACACUUU